AUGGCCGGAGAUGUUGUUGCUAUCUGGGAGGUGGCGUUAAGCGAUGGGGUUUACAGGAUUGAGUUUGAACACGGCACGGCGACAGGGAAGAGGGUUGUUUGGAUCAAUGGACAGGAGGUGCUCAGAAGAGAUUGGAUGUUCAAACUGGUUGGAAAGGAGACCUUCACAGUGGGAGGCAUGGAAACAAAAGCAACAGUAAACAUUGAGGCUAUCAGUGGCUUUACCUACGAGUACACCUUGGAGAUUGAUGGCAAGAGUCUCCAGAAGUUCAUAGAUAACAGAUCCAAAGUCACUAAGACGUGGGUGCUGCAAGUGGAUGGUGUUGACUGCAGGAUUGUCCUUGAAAAGGACACAAUGGAUGUAUGGUUCAAUGGGCAGAAAAUGGAGACAGAGGGAGAGUUUGUGGAUGACGGAACAGAGACACACUUCACGGUGGCAGACCAUGAAUGCUGCAUCAAGGCUUUGAGCAGUGGGAAGAAGAGAGCUGGCAUCAUCCAUUACUUAAUUGUGGAUGGGGAAGCAGUGCCCGGCUGGACAGAUUGAAGAGGACCGCUGAACUUUUCA